AUGGCUCCCCAUGCUGAAGACUCCUCAGCUGCCGCUGAUUACGCCGAGCGCGUCUUCCAACACCUAGAAGACAACCGGUCCUCCGACGCACCUGCCGACUUCUCGAACCCUCAAGCAGAGAAGCCCAAGGCCUUCCAAAGAUCGAAGACCGAAAAGCUCAAGGCCCAGCUGACGCAGCGUAACAACAGCACUUCUGAUAACGUCCAAUCACAUUUCAAAUCUGGUAAGUUCCGCUUCCAACACACCGGAUCCUUCGGCGACGGUCUUGUGAAGGAGCUUGUUGCUACCUACGAUGCUCGAUCUCACCGUUCCGAGGAGCCAGGUAAAGAAUUGACUCGACGUAAGCGUGUACUUGCAAAAGAUUCCGAUGCCGUAGCUGGUGGUGAAAGUGAGGAGGAUGAGAAGGACUGGGUCAAGGUUGUUGAUGCGGACUUAGAUUAA